AUGAGGCCAUCUAUGAAACGUACGAUAAUUACAUCGAAAACUACAGGUCGACGAUAUUUUUUAGUUCGAUCAUCAAAUCGAGGACCUGCGCGACGAUAUUAUGUAUGUUCAAGACCAGAUUGUGAUUCACGUUUAACUCGUGAAGCUGAUUUUUUUUGUCGAGUUCAUUCACAAGUAAAAAAUUCCGAAAAUGAAGAUAUUGGUGAUAUAUCAACAAAAUCAGAUAAUGUUGGUGAAGAUGACUUAAAUGAUAAUGGUGAAAUAGUUGAUGAAGAUAAUUCAAAUGAUAAUGGUGAAAUGGUUGAUGAAGGAACACCGAUACAGAUGAAACAAAGUACAACUUUGGAUUCGAUUGAUGAUCAUGAACAAAAUGGAAAUGGAAUUCAUGAUUCAAACGUUGAAUAUGAAUAUAAUGAUGCCAGUAAUGGUUUUAAUACGCUUUCGUCUCGACAAAGAGCAAAGGCAAAUCGUGAAAUUCAUGUCGAUGAAACAACUGGCAUACGUAGUUUUCGUGAUAGCUCAGGUCGUCGUCGAUAUCUUUGUAUGCGUGAAUCAUGUACAAAUAUGCUUAAACGUCAAGCUGAUAUUUUCUGUCGAACACACUCAAACAAUCGUAUAGAUGAAGAUCAACAUAACAAAAAAAAGAAAGGACAUCAUAAACGUUAUUCAACUUCAUCAUUGUCUAAUGAGACACAAAAUCGUUUUCGUUCACCAUUUUCAACUACAACUACAACAUUAACAAGUCAAACUAGUACAAAUGAAGAUCAUUCAGAAGAAUAUGAAUCACCAGAAAAACCACCAGAAGCUGCAAGAACAAGUCGAACAGUUCGAGAUGCAUCAGGAAAAAUCCGGUUUGUUUGUUCGAUUCCAUUAUGUACUAGUCAAGUACCUCGAAAAUCGCAAGCUUUAUGUAGACGACAUCUACUUGAAGCUUCAGCACAAGAACUUGAAAAAAACACACUAUCAACUACUACAAAUGAUACUAUUAAUCCUAAUCACGAAGACAAUAGUGUUCCUGAGAUAGACGUGAAUCAUAAUAAUACUGUUACUUCACCUCAGCCAACAUCAAUUGAACAUUCAAUAAAAAAACGCAAGUAUGAACCGCAAACUUCACCAUCUACAACAAUUAAUCGUUCUGUAUUUCCCGCGAAUAAAAUUGUUAUUUCUACGACAACUCUUCUCGAUCAUCAAUGGACUACUGUUCUAACAUUUCUUCGUCAAUUUCCUCAAGUUCAAUUAGCAACAAAUUUAAAUGUUAAUAAUUUUACAACGCAUUUACUUAUUGAUGAUAGUGAGAAAUUAUUACAUUGUACAAUAACAAAAAAAAUUGUUCAAGCAUCUGCACGUCGUCAUAUAUUUAUAAUAUCUUCACGUUGGAUAACUGAAUGUAUACAUUUAAAUGAAAUUAUUGAUGAACAUCCAUUUGAAAUUACAAGUGAUUCUCAUACAACAUUACGUUUAUCCGUACAAAAUUUUCAAAAUAAUCAUAAAUAUUUAUUUAAUAAUUCAUCAUCAACAUUAAUUUAUGGUUUUGCAAUUGAAUGUCGUCAAUGUCAAGGUUCAAUUAGUCGUAAUGAAUUAAUUGAAUUAAUUGAAUUAACCGGUGCUAAAUUAUAUGAUAAUGAAAAUUCUAUUGAUAUAUUAAUUGUUUUAUGUGAUACAAAUGAAAAAAAUUUAAAUAAAAUUAAAGAAAAAUAUUGUCAUAUAAAUGUACCAAAUAUUAAAUAUGUAAUAUGUGAUUUUUUACUUAAAUCAAUUGUUAAAUUUGAAAUACAAGAUGUUGACAAAUAUUCAUUAUAA